AUGAAACUUGUACCUUCUGAUCGGCUACAUCGAUCUGCAUAUUCUUUGCCCCAUCAUGCUGUCACGAAACCUGAUAAUCCUAGAAAGAAUGAUUCGCUGUUGCCAGGAUCCAAACUGCAUGCUGAUGUUCUGAUGGUCUUGACUAGACAGAUAUUUGUAUGCCUCGAAGACUGUGACUGGCGUAGGAUCCUAUGGCGCUACAGUGACGAUCAACCAAUCAUGGAUUAUAGGUGCCUUACCGUGACCUACGGUGCAGUAGCUGCUCCUUUCCUGGCGUCUCGUGUUAUGCAACAGCUGGCAACAGAUGGCGCGGCCUCAUAUCCACUUGCUGCAGAGAUAGACAUCUGGCUUCUUGACUUGGGUUGGGACUCAACGUUACCAACUGAGCUGUCACAACGCUGA